AUGUCCGUUUCAUUAGAGAUAGUCCCUUUAUCCUCAACACUGGACAUGCUCGGCGAGCCUAAGAGAUCUUCGGCGUAUUCUUUGUCGGGGCAUAUAUCCAUCAUCGCCAAGCCAGGAUCGUCCUUUUUUGACAGUCGUCGAACGGUUCGCCUACUACUCGAGUCCUUGACGGUCACCUUCGAGGGCCAAUCGGAGCUGCUCACGCCCGCUACUGGCUAUUCCGGUUUUCGGAUAUGUUCAAUAUCGUCUGAGCUAAUACAGAGCGACGAUACGGAGAUCAGCAACGAAGGACACGAGGAUGACAAGCAAAUGUGUGCUUGGAACGUCGUCUUCAACAUCCCCAUACCUGGAUGGUUACCUGCGAGUUCAACGUUUGGCGACACGAGCACCGGUGCCACUGGAGUCCGAUAUUACCUGCUAGCUACUGCUCGGUUUAGAAAUUUGGACGAUCGGGCGCAGAGUUCGUUCUCGCUCAUGCAGCUUUGUAGUCCCAUGUUACCGAAGACGCGAGUUGUCAGCGCGUCUCCGCACGGCAUCGUCCUAAAUCGCACCUAUCCUGUUCCUGGAAGGUCCUCUCCAACGUCGGGAUUCCCUCUCACACCUUUCCAUGUGCAAGGAUUUGGGGCUGGCCCGGAUCAUGAUAACUCUCGCAUUCCGCCGGCCGUUCUAAAGGAGCUCCAAGUUGUAGUCACAGCUCCAGAGCACAUCAAUCUUGAACACGAGACGCCAAUCCCGUUCAAGAUUCUCUUCCGCGUCAACAAUCUGCCGGACGAGGAGCGAAACAGGCUGCGGAUUGUCCUUUUCUCUGUCGAAAUCGAGCAGGUCGAGCAAUUCAGGAAUGACCCUUCGCCCCAUUAUCUAGCGCGCUAUCCGCUACUACCAGCUCACGAACAGUGGCCUCUCAAGCCACUCCCGUGCCAGCACCCUCUGGCUACGCUGUACGACAUGGACCUAGCUCUCAGGCCCGGAUCCAGCACGUCCCGCGUGUUCUCCCUCCUUCCAUUUUCACACUCCGGUCGAUUCGUGUUGAAAGGCGACGGCUAUGUCUUCCGCUCAAACCAGAAUGCCCCGACGGAUGACAAGGCAUGGUACACUGUGGAUACGACCUUGCCGUUUACGCGCGUUUCCGACGUUCAAUCGCGACACAAGGAGCACGGGGAGCACUGGGCGGGCGAAGAGGUUAUCCGAGAAACGUACGAAGGACCACAUCUUACUGUCACCCAUCGACUGUCCGUUUCGGUGACGUGCACGUACGACAGAGAUCAUCCAGGUCCUGAUGGUCAGGCUUCGCGCAUUCAAGAAAAUCUACGAUUCGCCGUCCCCUUGUCGUUCGUCCAUGUCCACGAAUCCCCAUCCAAUCACCCAUUUGGCGCCAGCCCCAAUCCUACCGACAACUGCACUACGCGGAUGCUCAGUUCUCCUUCCACGGCAUCGCUGUAUACUUCGACUGCGAGCCUUCCCGCUUACUCACAGUUGUUCCACACCAACGGCACACGCCGCCUUGACUUCGAUGAGCCUCUGCCGCUUUAUGUCCCGCCGGACGACAGCAAAUAA